AUGGAUGUCUCCACUACCGGCAGUGCCAGUUCCUUCCUCUUCCUCGCACUUGUAUGCUUGUCUACUACUCAUCUCCCUCUCUCUGCCAGCGCAAGACAUUUCCCUCGCAAGUAUGGCAGCACAAGCUCUAGCGCCAUGAUCAACAAUGGCAGCAGCAAGCUCUCCUGGCCACUGUUACCAUGGAAGAAGUCUAGCAGCAGCCAUGGCUCAGGGAGCGGCCACGGGUUCGGCUGGACCAUCUCACACAACGGGACGGACACCAACAUCGGAUUCGGCGGCGGUGUCGGCGGCGGCAUCGGCACAAACAGCUCCGGCGGCUCGAGCGCGGGCGGCGGAGCUGGUCUUGGGGUCGACAUCAGCAUCGGCAAGGGUGGAGUGGACGUGGCGAUCGGUGUCGCCGGAGGCGGCGCCGUCAGUACCGGCAACGGCAGCGCGAGUGUCGGCGCUGGCGGUGGAGAAGGCAUCGGAAUCCACUUCGGCCCCGACGGCGUGACCGUCACCCAUGGCGGUGACGCAGACGUGGGCGUUGGCGGUUCCGGCAGCGGCACUGGCGUUGGACGUGCCGGCAGUGCUGUAGGUAGCGCCCAUGGCUCUGGAGAUGCAAGCGGUGGAACAGGGACCGGUGGAGGGAGUGGAGCUGGCUCUGGCCAGGGAGGUUAUGGAGGCGGCGGCGGUGGCGGCACCGGAAGCAGUGGUGGCCAUCCGUGA